AUGUCGACAUUCAAGCAAACUAUCCUCAUCACUGGUGGGACCUCUGGUCUCGGAUACGAGGCUGCUACCGCCCUCGCUCGGCAUUACAAAGAGGCAAAGGUGGUCAUCGCGUCUAGGCGGGACCCCGACUCAGCAGCAAUCAGUAUCAACCAGAUCAAUGGCCAGAACAAUGUCCAAUUUCUUCCUCUCGACCUCGGGAGCCACGAUAACAUCCGAACAUUCGUGAAAGCGUGGAACGAUCAAAAAUUCCCCCCAAUCUCGGCCCUUGUUCUCAACGCUGGCCUUCAAUUUCCCGAUAAGAUUCACUACACCAGCGAUGGCAUCGAAGCCACCUUUGGUGUAAACCAUGUUGGUCACGCGCUCUUAUUUCAUCUGCUCCAGCCGAAUCUCGCCAACGAAGCUCGCAUCAUAGUCGUUGCGAGCGGCACGCAUGACCCUGCCCAAAAGAGCGGAUUGCCUGAUGCAGUCUAUACGAGCGGUGAGGAAUUAGCACACCCAGCAGGUGAUGCUCUCAAGAACGAAGGGCGUCAACGUUAUGCGACAAGCAAACUAUGUAACAUCUUGUGGACGUAUGCUCUUCAUCGGCGGGUUAGCCAACUCGCAACAAAAAGCUGGACCGUCGUUGCGUUUGAUCCAGGUCUUAUGCCCGGUACAGGUCUGGCGCGAGAAGCUGGGCCAGUCCUCAGAUUCAUUUGGCAUCACAUCUUUCCAGCGCUCAUCCCUCUGUUGCGGCGCAUGUUCCACCACAAUGUCCACACCCCGAAACAGUCCGGUGCCAACCUCGCUUUCGUCGUCACCGAUACCCAUGCCCGAGCAAAGAGUGGGGUUUACUAUGAGGUACGAAAGGAGAUACCUUCUAGUAUCGACAGUUACGAGGAAUCGAAGCAGGAAGAACUGUGGGCCUGGACGGUUAAAACGUUGGCUACGAAUGAGCAAGAGCGCAAGGAUUUCGAGGUUGUAUUCUGA